AUGGAGCCGCUGAAGAACAUAUUCAGCCGAGGCCCGUUGUCCAACUGGAAGAACUUGGAACAAUCGCAAAAAGGCAAUUUCAGCAACCCAGUGUGGACAGCGUUGUUCGACUAUGAGGCGUCCUGCAAAGACGAGCUCACCCUGCGGAAAGGCGACCAGGUGGAGGUCCUCUCGUUGGACUCGGAGAUAUCCGGCGACGAAGGUUGGUGGGCGGGCAAGGUCAACAACAAGGUGGGCAUCUUUCCUUCCAAUUAUGGCUCUUUCAAGCCCAGCGGAUACGGGAAGCUACAGGGUAAUGCCGUGGUGGGCGAACUGGGCCCCGCCAUGGGCGGCGAGUUGGAACCCGCCGUGGUGAACUUCCGCGAACUGAGCCUUCAAGAGGUGAUCGGAGUGGGCGGCUUCGGGAAGGUGUAUCGCGGAACGUGGCGAGGCGCGCUGGUCGCCGUCAAAGCCGCCCGUCAGGACCCGGACGAGGACAUCAGCGUGACGGCGCAGAACGUCCGGCAGGAAGCGCGACUCUUCGCCAUGCUCACACACCCCAACAUUAUCGCCCUGAAAGGCGUUUGUCUGCAAGAGCCAAACUUGUGUCUCAUCAUGGAGUACGCCUCUGGCGGACCCCUGAGCCGGGCGCUGGCCGGACGACGCAUCCCGCCUCACAUCCUUGUCAACUGGGCCGUGCAAAUCGCUCGCGGGAUGCUCUACCUUCACAGCGAGGCCAUCGUCCCCGUCAUCCACCGAGACCUCAAGUCCAACAACAUCCUUUUGGCUCAGCCCAUCGAGAACGAAUGCAUGGAGGCUCUGACGCUCAAGAUCACUGACUUCGGCUUGGCCAGGGAGUGGCACAAGACCACCAAGAUGAGCACGGCGGGCACCUAUGCCUGGAUGGCCCCUGAGGUUAUCAAGUCCUCUACUUUCUCAAAGGGCAGCGACGUUUGGAGUUAUGGUGUUCUGCUGUGGGAGCUUCUAACGGGAGAGGCGCCCUACAAAGGGAUCGACGGGCUCGCCGUGGCAUACGGCGUCGCCGUCAACAAACUGACGCUGCCCAUCCCUUCCACGUGUCCUGAGCCCUUCGCUCAGCUCAUGUCAGAGUGCUGGGACCAGGACCCGCAUCGUCGACCCAACUUUGGAUCCAUCCUGGCCCAGCUGACGGCGCUGGAGCAGCAGGUGAAGGAGGAGAUGCCGCAGGACUCCUUCCACUCUCUGCAGGAGGACUGGAAGCUGGAGAUCCAGGACAUGUUUGACGAGCUGCGCGCAAAGGAAAAGGAGCUGCGGUGUCGUGAAGAGGAGCUAAAACGUGCGGCUCUGGAGCAGAAGUCCCACGAGGAGUUCUUACGGCAGCGCGAGCAGCAGCUAGCUCAGUGGGAGCAGGAUGUGUUUGAGCGCGAGCUCAGCCUCCUUAUCCUACACCUGAACCAGAACCAGGAGAAGCCCAACGUAAAGAAGCGCAAGGGAACAUUCAAGAAGCACAAGCUUAAAAGCAAGAAUGGCGAAAAGAUAAGCAUGCCACAAGAUUUCAUCCACAAGAUCACCGUGCAGGCAUCACCCGGGCUUGAGAAGAGGCGAAACUCGCCCGAUUUGGGCUCAGGCUCUUCACCGUCGUUUGGUCCGCGUUUCCGCGCCAUCCAGCUUAGUCCCAGUGACAACAGCAAAACAUUUGGUCUGAGUGCAGUUUGGCCCCUAGAGGUCCCAGCUCAUAAGCAGGCCAACGGAGAGCUGAAAUUGUGCCCUCACUGGAGGCCUCAAAGCCCUAAAAGUCCCAAAAGCCCCAAAGUCUUGCGCCUCAGUCCUCAGGAGAGCAGUUUGUCCAUGAGAGCCAAGCUGUUAGAGUCACACUGCAAUGAGAACGGAGAAGCUGCGGACGACUUUGAGGAGUACAGGCCCCCUACGCCGACCCUUUCCCUGGCCCACAAUGGCUCCUCAAUGAAAGACGGCCUGCGACUUCCCCUUCAGCAAGGAGACUCUGGCAGUGAAGAAGGAGGGUCUUCUCCCGCGGGCUCCCCCAGGCCGGACAGGGGCCCUCUCGGCCUGAUUAAGAACACCCACCAGGCUCUGCUAGGGACCGGCUCCCUCUUGGCAUCCAUAGGUUUAGGUCGAUGCUUGGACAUCUUGCCAAAAGUUCCCCCUCGAACGAACCCUCCGUCCCUCGAAGAGUGUGCGGCCUCCUUUCUGGAGGGCUCGCCCUCCAAGCCCCUUGUUCAGCAACCCCCCUUCGUGGACGACCUCAUCACCUUUGCCUCCUCCGAGCCGCUUUUGGAUUUAGCGUUGCGGUGCCAAGAACUGAAGCCGCCACCAAGCGCGGGAUGUCAACACCGGAUACGGCCGGACGCAAGUCUGGGGGAACGCGACCAGAGCUUCUUCGCCACCAACGGGAACGCAAAUUCCGAGAGCUCGGCACACAGAAGCCAGCAGAGGAGGAGGUCCAGUCCGAGCCUGCUCGGCUCCCAGCUAGUACUGGACCUGCCCUUGUGCCAAGACACGCAAGACUCUGAUGACAAGCCCCCCACACCGCGCACUCUUCAUCCCAAGGUGGCUCCCUGGAGCCGGCUGCAGGUCAACGUCAUCCCCCGACCUCGUCCGUCGCCUGUACGCCCCCGCAUCGAUGCUUGGAGCUUCAUCUCGGCAGGCGGCGGGACUCCAGGAGUCGGGCGUAGCCCGAGACGCUCGGACAGCGUCCCGCUGGGGUACCGGCCCUCCCCGACGAAUCCCUUCUCCAACUGCGACCCUUUCCCCUCGCCGGCUUGCGACCCCUUCGCCCUCAGAGCCGACCCGUCGUUCGCCCUGGACAAAACUUCGCCCUUCGAUCCCUUCUCUGCGCCUUUCCCCACCUCGCGUUCGGCGCCGUGCUCCGCCAACGGCUCGCCCACUUUGCCGUCAUUUCGCAUUGCGCCACUCAACCCGGCCGACUCGCCGCUCAUCGACCUGGGAUGGGCCGCCUGCGGCAAGCAACCGGACGGAACCAAAGAGCGAGCCCACCCCCGAAGGACUCUGGGGCUCAAACCCUUCAAGUCUCCUACUCAACUCCGAGACGACCGCUUCUGA